AUGGGGAGGCUCCGGGUGCUGCUGCUAUGGAUAGCCUGGUGGUUGUCGCAGGCAGGCAUAGCCUGCGGUGCCGGCUCGGUGCGCCUGGCGGGCGGCCUGACGCUGGGCGGACUAUUCCCAGUGCACGCGCGGGGAGCCGCAGGACGCGCGUGCGGGGCGCUGAAGAAGGAGCAAGGCGUGCACCGGCUGGAAGCGAUGCUCUACGCGCUGGACCGCGUCAACGCUGACCCGGAGCUGCUGCCCGGCGUGCGACUGGGCGCGCGGCUGCUCGACACCUGCUCGCGGGACACCUACGCUCUGGAGCAGGCGCUGAGCUUCGUGCAGGCGCUCAUCCGAGGCCGCGGAGACGGCGACGAGGCCAGUGUGCGCUGCCCUGGGGGAGUUCCCCCGCUGCGCUCCGCGCCUCCAGAGCGCGUGGUGGCGGUGGUGGGCGCCUCGGCUAGCUCCGUGUCCAUCAUGGUCGCCAACGUCUUGCGCCUGUUUGCGAUACCCCAGAUCAGCUAUGCCUCCACAGCCCCAGAGCUCAGUGACUCCACACGCUAUGACUUCUUCUCCCGAGUGGUGCCUCCUGACUCCUACCAGGCCCAGGCCAUGGUGGACAUUGUGCGGGCACUGGGAUGGAAUUACGUGUCUACAUUGGCCUCUGAGGGCAACUAUGGCGAGAGCGGGGUUGAGGCCUUUGUGCAGAUUUCCCGUGAGGCUGGAGGUGUCUGUAUUGCCCAGUCAAUAAAGAUUCCCAGGGAGCCAAAGCCGGGAGAAUUCCACAAAGUGAUCCGGAGGCUCAUGGAGACACCCAACGCCCGUGGCAUCAUCAUCUUUGCCAAUGAGGAUGACAUCAGGAGGGUCUUGGAGGCAGCUCGCCAGGCCAACCUGACUGGCCACUUCCUGUGGGUUGGCUCAGACAGCUGGGGAUCCAAGAUCUCUCCCAUCUUGAACCUAGAGGAAGAGGCUGUGGGGGCCAUCACUAUCUUGCCCAAAAGGGCUUCAAUCGACGGAUUUGACCAAUACUUCAUGACUCGUUCCUUGGAGAACAACCGCAGAAACAUCUGGUUUGCUGAGUUCUGGGAAGAGAAUUUUAACUGCAAACUAACCAGCUCCGGUGGCCAGUCAGAUGAUUCCACCCGGAAAUGCACAGGUGAGGAACGCAUCGGCCAGGACUCCGCCUAUGAGCAGGAGGGGAAGGUGCAGUUCGUGAUAGACGCUGUGUACGCCAUUGCUCACGCUCUGCAUAGCAUGCACCAAGCGCUCUGCCCAGGCCACACAGGUCUGUGCCCAGCCAUGGAGCCUACUGAUGGCCGGACGCUGCUGCACUACAUCCGAGCAGUCCGCUUCAAUGGUAGUGCAGGAACCCCAGUGAUGUUCAAUGAGAAUGGAGAUGCCCCCGGGCGCUAUGACAUCUUCCAAUACCAGGCAACCAACGGAAGCGCCAGCAGCGGCGGGUACCAGGCCGUGGGCCAAUGGGCAGAGGCCCUUAGACUGGAUAUGGAAGUUCUACAGUGGUCAGGCGACCCCCAUGAAGUGCCCCCUUCUCAAUGCAGCCUCCCCUGUGGGCCCGGUGAACGGAAAAAGAUGGUGAAGGGUGUCCCCUGCUGUUGGCACUGUGAGGCCUGCGACGGGUACCGCUUCCAGGUGGACGAGUUCACGUGCGAGGCCUGCCCAGGGGACAUGAGGCCCACCCCCAACCACACUGGUUGCCGUCCCACACCCGUGGUGCGCCUGACCUGGUCCUCUCCAUGGGCAGCUCUGCCCCUUCUCCUGGCUGUCCUGGGCAUCAUGGCUACCACCACCAUUAUGGCCACCUUCAUGCGACACAAUGACACUCCCAUAGUCCGCGCCUCUGGCCGUGAGCUUAGCUACGUGCUGCUCACUGGCAUCUUCCUGAUCUACGCCAUCACCUUCCUCAUGGUAGCCGAGCCUUGUGCAGCCAUCUGUGCUGCCCGCAGACUCUUGCUUGGCUUGGGCACCACGCUCAGCUACUCAGCCCUGCUCACCAAGACCAACCGCAUCUACCGCAUCUUUGAGCAAGGGAAGCGCUCUGUCACACCACCACCCUUCAUCAGCCCCACUUCGCAACUAGUCAUCACCUUCGGCCUCACCUCCCUGCAGGUAGUGGGAGUGAUAGCGUGGCUGGGGGCCCAGCCUCCACACAGCGUGAUUGACUACGAGGAGCAGAGGACGGUGGACCCCGAGCAGGCCAGGGGUGUGCUCAAGUGUGAUAUGUCUGAUCUGUCCCUCAUUGGUUGCCUGGGCUACAGUCUCCUGCUCAUGGUCACGUGUACGGUGUAUGCCAUCAAGGCCCGAGGUGUGCCUGAGACCUUCAAUGAGGCCAAGCCCAUCGGCUUCACCAUGUACACCACCUGUAUUAUCUGGCUGGCUUUUGUUCCCAUCUUCUUUGGUACCGCCCAGUCAGCUGAGAAGAUCUACAUCCAAACCACCACACUAACGGUGUCGCUGAGCCUGAGCGCAUCAGUGUCCCUCGGCAUGCUCUACGUGCCCAAAACCUACGUCAUCCUGUUCCAUCCAGAGCAGAACGUACAGAAGCGGAAGCGCAGCCUCAAGAAGACCUCCACGAUGGCGGCCCCACCCCAGAACGAGAACGCAGAGGACGCCAAGUAGCAAGGUUGAGUGUGGGUGCCACAGGUUGCUCCCUGCCCUUUCUUUGCUUCUCCUGGCUUCAAAGUGGAAGCUGUGAAAGAUCCACAGAGACCAUCGGAGGCCAGGAAUGUGUAAAGACCAUGCCCAUGGUCUUUUCCGAAGGAAAGAGCUAAACCCCGAUCCACGCUGGACUUGUGCUUUCCUGGGCGCGCCAACCACAUCAUUCUGCCCCUCCGACCCACUGUAAGAAAUACUGCUUCUAGGAAUCUUCCUGAAGACAGAGACAAAACUGACACCUUCUGGGCAGGCAUUCAAAACCAUAGUGAAGCCAGGGCUUGGCCAGGUUGGGAUAAGAUUUAUCUUGAUCUAACACUACAACCUAGGGGCUGGCCAGGGUGUCUGUCAGAAUGUGUAAACCCCAACAAGAAAUCCAGGAUUAGAGCUGGGUGGGGGGUGCAGUCGCCACAAUAGGAAACUUAGAUGUCUGAAUUUGGGGAAAUAUUUCCCUGAGCAGAGCCUGUAUGAGGGUUCUGGGAACCGAGUGUGAGCCUGCAGCAGAGAGAAGAGCAAUACAGGGAACUGGGGCAGGCUUCUGUGAGGUCGCUUCCCUUGUGGUCUUUUCCCCAGGGUCAUCCAAAAGAUUGGACAGUUUUUCUCUGCUGUGUAUGUUUCCAUAGAUUACUCCAACUUGAAGAAAUGCCAACACAUUAGAGUGGGUAAGAGAUGGUAAGGUAUAGCUAGACUUGGGUCAGAGUGUCCAUGAAUUGUCUUGUUUCUGCACUUAAGAGUUGUUGUU